ACAAAUGUUUAAAUGGACGCAUCGUCCAUUAUCACCCAAGUGUCGCGGGAUGACGAGCUAGGCCAGUUUAAUAAUGGGAAAGCUCAGUUACCACAGGAAAGUGAAGUGGCCAGCAAUGGUCCAACCAAUGGCAAAAAGCCAAGAGGGCGUGGACUUCUGCGAUCUCUACUUUGUUGUCUUGGUAGAGGACGUGGGAGUAGUUCAAAAAGUUCAAAAACAAGUUCGUUACAAGGAGAUGGACAUGGUUCUCCAUCCCUAAGGACUGGAUCCCCACGGUUCCUUCUCCCACCUGUGAGACAUCAGGAUAUGCACAAGAAGUGCAUGGUGAUUGAUUUGGAUGAAACACUAGUGCAUAGUUCUUUCAAACCAAUCAGCAAUGCCGAUUUUGUUGUUCCUGUAGAGAUUGAUGGGACAGUGCAUCAAGUAUAUGUUUUAAAGAGGCCUUAUGUGGAUGAAUUCUUGCAAAGAAUGGGUGAACUAUAUGAGUGUGUAUUGUUCACAGCAAGUUUGGCUAAGUAUGCUGAUCCAGUAGCAGAUCUGCUUGACAGAUGGGGAGUAUUUAGAGCAAGACUGUUUAGAGAAUCUUGUGUUUAUCACAGAGGAAAUUAUGUUAAAGAUUUAAAUAAACUAGGGCGGGAUUUACAGCACAUUAUUAUUGUUGAUAAUAGUCCUGCUAGUUACAUUUUCCAUCCAGAUAAUGCAGUACCAGUGGCAUCAUGGUUUGAUGAUAUGACAGAUUCAGAACUAUUAGAUUUAAUUCCAUUUUUUGAAAGGCUGAGUAACGUGGAGAAUAUUUACACAGUCUUGUGCAAUAGUAAUCAUCCUUAUAAUCAAGUAUCUCCAGCUGUACAAAGUAGUCCAAGCCCAGGGUCAGGUUCGCUUGGUGCUUCCUAGCCCUACCUAAAUUCUGGCCACAUAGCCAGUAUUGUCAUCGCUCAAUGCACUCUGAGAAGAAUUUUAAUUGGAAUAUUCCACAUUGCUUGCUGGUUAUGUAACAGUGGACAUCCACUCUGUGUGUCAGAUAAAACAAACUGAUUAUAUUUAUCUACUUAUUAAGAUACAGGUAAUUGAUAAACAAG